AAAUAAACAAAAGAGGGAAAAAGACGACAACGGUUCGUACAUUCAAAAUACAGGUAGCAUACCGCCAUUGGGUAUCAGCUUCUGGCCUUUCUGCACAUCCGUACCAUUUUCUUCUCAUCUUUCCCAGUCUUCCUUCCAGCUAUGAUCAAUGCCCGACCAAAAUCCUCUCUAAAACCCUAAAACCCUUAAAAGAGCUGGGGAAAACAGACCCUUUAAAGGAUAAAAGGAAAACCCAUCUCCAAUCUGACCCCCUCUUUUUGCUUCUUUUGUUUUGUUUCUGGGUAGGUUCUUUGGAGCCUGUGUGAUUGGAGAUUAGAAAUGGCUUUAGCUGUGGAAAACGGGAGAGUGGGAAGCUUAGUUUGGGUUCUGAGGAAGAACGGAAGAUGGUGGCCAGGCAAAAUCGAAGCUUCUUCCAAUUCCAAGGUUGCUGUCAAACUUCUUGGCAAACAAAAUGGCUAUGUGGAGUGGGUCAACUUGGCGAGUUCGAAGCGAGUCAAAGCAUUUCGGUCUGUUGAGUUUGAUGACUUCAUUAGAAGUGCUGAAUUAUCGAACACUGCCAACUACAGAAAGAAUGCAAAAUAUCCAAACCGGGAAGAUGCUAUUCUUCAUGCGCUUUCACUUGAACAGCAAGAGAAACAAAGAAGUCUCAAGAGACCAGGGGUAUUUAAGCAAAGUGCUCUCUGCCGAGCUAAGAGAAGUAGAUGUGCUUACUUACCAGUUGAAUCAAACAGUCAUGUCAAUCGCUCUGUUCUUCAUUCUCGGACUAUGAGAGUCUUGUCUGCUUUACGCAAAUUAGAUGAAAAUUCCCUUUAUUCCAGUCAAGGUGAAGUACAAGAUUCUUCUGAAUCAGCGGCAUCUGAUGUUUCUGAAAGCAGUUCUGAGGAUUCUGGUUUUGCAGAGAAUGGCAAACUUACAGGUAGUUACACAAAUGGGAGGAAGAGAAGAACCACAAAUGUGCAGAAGGCAGAGUGUUUCAGCAAUUCUUCAAAGUCUUCUCUUGACAACAAGUUUGCGGUUGGUGCAGAACAGAACCGGAAGUUAAAAGAAAGAUGUUACUCGCAUGAUUCAAGUGCGAGUCCUGAUACUAUGACUGAAGGAGAAAGUUCCAUGAUGUCCAGAAAACAAGCGAGCAACACAAAAGAUCAAUGGAUGCUGGAUGUUGUUUGUCUAGAGGAAAUCAGACACAAAGCUGCUAAGAAAUCUUCUAAAAACUUGGCUUUGGAGGUCGAGAACCAAUCUGAUUCCUCUUCCAAGGCAGGAGACUCUUGCUCUGAAAGCCUCUGCUGUAGUCCGGUUUACAAUGAUGACCAGAAUAUGUCCAAACCCAUGCUAGUUGAUGUACCUGUAACAGUUGAAGCAAAGUAUCGAAAUGAGCACGUCCCUCUUGUUUCUCUAAUGAGCAAACUAGGUAAGGCACCCAUCAUAGGGUACCCUGUUGAAGUAGAGGUAUUGGACAACAUUCCUGAGGAUUUGCUUCCAAGAAAGGGCAGUACCCAAAGCAUGAUUGACAAUGUUGGCACAAAGCUUCAUUUACCAAUUUGGAAAACCUCUAAAAGGACUCCUGUUUCCUACGUUGGUGAGCUCAACUCCUCUGCAACCCAAACUCCUGAAGCAGAGAAAAAUGGUGUUCUGCAAGCAGGGUCCUCCCUUCUGAAGCCACACAGGAAGGGCGAUUUUUCACUGAAAAAUGGACAUAGCAGUCAAACAAGUUUCCGAAAGAGAGGGGGAAGUAUAUCAUCACUAGCAACUAGUGUUCCCGUGAAUCUUAUUUUCAGUCAGCUCUAUUCUGCAAUCUGCACAUGAAUUAACUCACGCAUAGUUUGAUGCAAUGGUUAUAUCAAUCUGGAGAUCCUUAUGGGAGUAUUUGGAAAAUUAGUAUAUGAUCACGUACAGUUUUGCUUGCUUCAGAUGCAGGAAACUUGUCUUAUCACUGUAAUUAUCUUAGGUUACAGCACUAUGUCAUAUUUUGAGAAUGGAUGUUAGUUUAUAGAUUUUGUUCCAGCAACUAGCAAGUACUUGAAACAGCCUCACGAAUCUCCUUUUGUAUGGACAACAUUCUGAUGAAAAAAAUUACAUUAGAUAGAUGUUGGUUCAAUGCCGAAUUUUACUUGAAAAUCAUAUUCUCAUACCUUGAAGAGGCAAGGGUUUCCGUUUAGUUGUUGCUUCUCGAACUUUCAUUUCCUUGCUGCUUUGAUCAAUUUACCCACCAGGUGGCGAAAUGAGAUGUGCCAACUGCAUGCAGAUAUGCUCACAGUCUUUAGAGUUGAAACAUUCCAACCAUCUUCACAUUGGUGCCAUUAACCACACUUUGAUUGAUUGUAGUCAGCCUUUUGUUAUUGUUCUUCUGACCCGGGAUUUGGUAACCAUUUCAGCAAAGAAUUUUCUAAAGAUGUGAAAUUUCACACAGCAGUCAGAGAUCUUGGUAACAUUCUUGACCUGAACUGGACAUUUCCAGACUUGACAGCAAGCAGAUGUCAUUUAGCACUUUCCAUAUCGCCGUAAUAUGAGGAUGUUUUUCAUCUCCUACCAAAAAUUCAUGACAGAUUCCUUCCACUUCGAUGAAGCUAAAUCCUGGAUUUUUUCUAGCACCCUUUUCUCUCAUUAGACUUCUAACUGACCUUACAUCACUCCAUUUCCUUUGAUGAGCACAUAAGCUUGCUAGAAGUGUGUAACAGCCACUAUCUUUAGGAUCCAAUUGUAUAAGCUUUUCGGCUGCUAGCUUGCCCAGAUCAAGAUUUUUAUGCAGUUUACAACCAUUUAGCAAGGCACCCCAAACAGCUGCAUCUGGUUUCAUCGGCAUUUUUCUGAUUAAGUUAUAAGCUUCUGCAAGGAGCCCAACUCUACUGAGCAAAUCAACCAAGCAUGCAUAAUGCUCAACUCUUGGGAUCAAGCAAUGUUCUUCCAUAUUUUUAAAAUGAUUCCAGCCUUGAAUCACUAAUCCUCCAUGAGCACAAGCUGAAAGGACACCCACAAAUGUGAUACCAUCAGGCUUAAACCCCUUAUUCUUCAUCUGUUCAAAAAGAGUUAGUGCCUCUUCAGCACGUCCAUGAGAGGCAUAGCCAACAAUUAUUGAAUUCCAUGAAACCAAAUCUUUAGUGGGCAUUUGGUGAAAGAUCUCUGCAGCGGAAUCAAUGCUACCACAUUUUGCGUACAUGUCUACUAAAGCAUUAUCAAUGGUCAAGCUAAAAGAUACAUGAUUCUGCUUAAUGUAAUGAUCAUAUAUGUGUUUUCCUGUAUCCAAACAACUCAAUUGAGAACAAGCAGAAAGCACGCAGACUAAAGUACUCUCCACAGGAACUAAUCCUUCCACUUCCAUGUCCCGGAAAAUCUGUAGUGCCUCAGUAGGCCUAUUGUUUUGUGAAUAACAAGCUAUAAGUGCAGUCCAGGAAAUUACAUUCCUCUGGGGCAUCUCAUCAAAGCAAUUCUUCGCCAACUCUAUCUUUCCACUUUUAGCAUAACCAGUGAUCAUGCUUGUCCAUGAAAAUACAUCCUUGGCAUCCAUUUUACCGAAAAUUUCCUCAGCUUUAGCCAGAUCACCACAUUUCACAUACAUGUCUAACAAAGCAUUCAUGAGAUUUAAACUACAUGUCACACGUUUUCUUAACACAAGCUCAUGAACUGAUCUUGCUAGAGCCAAAUUUGCCUUAAGCGAACAUGCUGAACACAGAGAGAUCAUAGUGACCUCAUUAGGCUCAAUCCCACUUGAACACAUUUCUCCAAACAAAUCCAAAGCCUCAUCAGCCAAAUUUUUCCUCACAAAACCAUCAAUUAAAGAAGUCCAGGAGACGACGUCUUUCACACUACUCUCAAAGAACACGACCUUUGCAUCGUCCAGUUGCCCUUUCUCGCUAUAAAAAUGUACGAGUGCAUUCCUCACAAUCAAGUCAUUCACAAAACCCGCUUUCCGAAUCCUACAAUGCACCGAUGAUCCAAUUUCAAUCCAGCUCAAAAUCCCACAACCUUUCAACGAGAAGACAUAGCUAUUAUGGUCCAUUUCAACGCCUUCCCUAAUCAUUCUCUUGAAAAAGCACAAACCCAUUUCGGGAAAUUGGGAAUUCACACAUCCCCUUAUCAUCGUGUUCCAGAUAUAAACAUUCGGGCAAGAGAUUUGAGAAAACAAAAGGUUUGCGUGAUGAAUGCUUCCAUUAGGAUCUAAGGCACAAAAGGAUACGAGUCUGCUGACAGGAAAGAUAUGGAAUAUGAGGCAAGUCCUUGUCAUAUGUGCUUGGAUUUGCCUGAGCUGAGACAUAGAGUUGCAUGACUCAAUCAGAAGCAAAGUUGGGUGGGUGAUGUUAAGAUUUGAACUUCGAUUUAGGUUCCAUUGUGGUUUUGAAGAGAAGAAAUUGACGGGUUUGAAAAUCAUACGGGAUGAGAAAAUUUGUUUCAACGAGAAGGGAAGCAAUUUCAUGUGGGAAGAAGUCAAUCAGUGGAGAGAACUGCAGAUUAUUCUUUUGAGCUACGACUGUAGACUCCAUGGCAUGAUUUUCUUGCGGGAAAGAAGGAAAAAAUCAAUGUUUUCGACCGUUUGGAAAGAGGAUAAAGAGGAUUGAGUGGGUUCAGGUUUUCCCAAUGAGUUCAAUAGAUAGGAAGGAAACAAAUUUGGUUUGCAACUUCUAAGCGGCAUUUCGUCAAACAAAUGUCAUGCACGUCCGUUUAGAACAAAACUAACAGCAGGGAAGAUGCUUACAACGAGCUUGAGAAAGAACCAAUUUUUCACUAGUCAGUUCAGUGCCAAGUUUGGCUUGAGUAGAGCAAAUUCCAGGGGGAAAAAAACUGACUAAUAUUUUAUGGGUCUGAGAGUAAUGAUCUCUUUAUCCCAUCAUGUAAUGUAAUCAUAUCUCGCUUGAUCAAUAUAUUAGUGUUUGUUAUAAAAAAAAACUUAUUAAAAAAAGAGCCAAACGAGCUAAGAACAACGAUUUAUAUACAUCACAUGUUAAGA